AGACUUCCGCUUAUCUACUUCAUGCGGAGUUCAGUUGGCGCAGUUUGUGCCUCAUAACCAACAGAACGACUUUUGUUUUCAUAGAGGAAAUAGAACUGGAACUUCGCGGCCACGGUCUCCAGAUUGUCCACAGCUUCACAAUCUAGGAUAUUUUUUUAAAAACAGAAGUCUGUCGUAGACGAACUUUGGUGAUUCAUUAGCAGCAGGGAGGUGGCAGUAAAACACGGGCGGAACCGCGUCAACUUUACAGCAGUAAAGUCUCCUGUCUGUCUGUCUGCGUGAACAGCGCGUUUUUACACCUGUUUGUUUUGUCCGAAAGAUUGUAGUAGUAGCCUAUUUUUGUAGCCACCAUGUUUAGCUGGUCCAAAGGGAACGGGAAGAAGGAGCCGGAGCUUUUUCAAAAUGUCUCCGAGGGGCUGAAGCGCCUGUACCGCCACAAGCUCUUCCCUUUAGAGGACACCUACCGCUUCCACGACUUCCACUCCCCGGCCCUGGAGGAUGCCGACUUCGAUAAUAAGCCCAUGGUGCUUCUGGUCGGUCAGUAUUCCACCGGAAAAACGACCUUCAUCCGGCACCUGAUGGAGCAGGAUUUCCCCGGGAUGCGAAUAGGACCAGAGCCCACUACGGAUUCCUUCAUAGCGGUGAUGCACGGCGAUCAGGAGGGGAUCAUACCGGGCAACGCGCUGGUGGUGGACCCGAAAAAACCCUUCAGAAAACUCAACGCAUUCGGAAACGCGUUCCUCAACAGGUUUAUGUGCGCACAGCUGAGGAACCCUGUUCUAGAGAGUAUCAGUAUCAUCGAUACCCCAGGCAUCCUGUCGGGGGAGAAACAGAGGAUAAGCCGAGGUUAUGACUUCGCUGCUGUACUCGAGUGGUUUGCCGAGCGAGUGGACCGCAUCAUCCUGCUCUUUGAUGCCCACAAGCUGGACAUCUCAGACGAGUUCUCUGAGGUCAUAAAAGCCUUAAAGAACCACGAGGACAAGAUGCGCGUCGUUUUGAACAAAGCCGACCAAAUCAGCACGCAGCAGCUGAUGAGGGUGUACGGUGCCCUCAUGUGGUCGUUAGGGAAGAUCAUUAACACCCCAGAAGUGGUGCGGGUCUACAUUGGCUCGUUCUGGGCGCAGCCUCUCCUUGUCCCAGAUAACAGGAAGCUGUUUGAGGCUGAGGAGCAGGACCUUUUCCGAGACAUCCAGAGUCUUCCACGGAACGCUGCCUUGAGAAAGCUGAAUGAUCUGAUUAAAAGGGCACGUCUUGCCAAGGUUCAUGCUUAUAUCAUCACCUCUCUAAAAAAAGAGAUGCCCAGUAUGUUUGGCAAAGACAACAAGAAGAAAGAACUGAUUGCCAACCUGGGUGCCAUCUAUGAGAAGGUCGAAAAAGAACACAACAUUUCUCCAGGGGACUUCCCAAACCUCAAGAAGAUGCAGGACCUCCUGGCUUCUCAAGACUUUGCCAAGUUCCCCGCCUUGAAGCCCAAACUGCUGGAGGCUGUGGAGGACAUGCUGGCCAACGACAUUGCCAAGCUCAUGGCACUUGUGCGCCAGGAGGAGGCAGCCAUGCCUUGUCAGUCAGUGAAAGGCGGAGCCUUUGAGGGCACCAUGAACGGGCCAUUCGGCCAUGGUUAUGGUGAGGGUGCUGGUGAAGGCAUUGAUGAGCUGGAAUGGGUUGUAGCUCGUGACAAGCCAUCUUAUGACGAAAUCUUCUACACUCUUUCACCCAUUAAUGGCAAGGUGUCAGGUAAUGCCGCCAAGAAGGAGAUGCUGAAGUCCAAGCUGCCGAACACCGUACUCGGCAAGAUCUGGAGCCUGGCUGAUGUGGACAAAGAUGGCUUCCUGGACGAUGAGGAGUUUGCACUGGCCAACCAUCUAAUCAAAGUGAAGCUGGAAGGCUAUGAGCUGCCGGCCAAGCUGCCUAAUCACCUGGUGCCCCCAUCUAAACGCAGGCAAGAGCAGGAGUGACACUCUGGAGCACCCCAUUAACUCUUCAGUUAUGGCUUGUUUCAGACUUUGACUUCCCCAGCCAUUCCAGGAUUUCUUCCAAAUAGCAGCAGCUUUCAUCACUUCAGCUCACAGCAUUUAAUUAAAGUAAAACGGUUAGGGCUUUUGAGAGACUCUUCUAGUUGCUGUACAUAAGGCUUUUGCCCCCAAAUUUCUUGUAGUCUAGAGAGGUAGGUAGCAAUAUUCUACUGUCAUUGUGUUAUUUUUUUUGUUCAAUAUGUUUUAUGACCAUUCAUUUCCUCAGAGCUGUUUUUUUUUUUUGUGGUAUCUUAUCGUGAAAAUCUUAUCAGCAAAUCUUUGACACUCCACUGGGUUAUUAAAAGGAUGGAAUAUGCAAGAAUGAAUAUCUGGAAUGGCUUUGGAUCCAAAGACUGAACAUAAUCUCAGAACAAAAUAAGCCUGUAAAAGACGGGGUUCGGAUGUGUUUGAAAACAAGACACCACUUUCAGCAGAGGGUUGUUGGAAAAGAUUGGAAAAUGCACUUUGCUGGUACUAAGGCAAUGGAUGGACAGUUUUAGAGGAGCAUGGGCCAGGAGAAAUUAAGGGUUACUUGGGGGACAAAUUAAUGUGAAAUAUAUAUAUAUAUAUAUAUACAUACAUACAUACAAAUGAUAAAAUAUAUCCCUAUUCUUUGUUUGCAGCCUUAACUUAUUCUUCUUUAAAUCUGUAUUUUUAUAUGUUGAAAUUUGACACUAUAAAGCUUUCUCUUGAUUUAUGUUCCUGCCCCUAAAGACUGUCCUGCAAUUUCAGUCUUUUUUAAUAGGUGUUGGGAUUUCAUUUAGUUUAUCUCCGCUUAUAUCAACUCUGCUCUUACUCUGAUUAUUAAAUAAAUUGAUGUUAAUGAAAAACAAA